UUUGUUUACUUCCUGUGUUAUGAGUCCAGCUGACUCGGGUGACUGCCUCUCGUUACCUCCACUCUUCUCCCCACCUCUCCGCUUCUAAAGCUUUCAUAAUCGUGCAAAAAUGACCUCUAAGAAAUCCUCGGAUGCAAGUAAACGAGAGGUGAGCGUGUCCGGGAUGUCAUUUCUGCGAGGUUCAGCAAACUAUGUGUGGUGUACAACAUCAGUGCUGGGGAAAGGAGCAACCGGGGCUGUCUUCCAGGGAGUUAACAGACAUACUGGUGAACCAGUGGCAGUUAAAACUUUUAAUCAGUUAUCUCACAUGCGACCACAUGAAGUACAGAUGAGGGAAUUUGAAGUUCUCAAGAAGGUUAAUCAUGACAGCAUUGUCAAGCUUUUGGCAAUCGAAGAAGAUCAAGAAGGACGAGGCAAGGUGAUCGUUAUGGAGCUGUGUACGGGAGGCUCAUUGUUCAACAUACUUGAUGACCCGGAGAACAGCCAUGGCCUAGAAGAAGGAGAGUUCAUCUUGGUGCUGUCACACUUAGCUGCUGGUAUGAAGCACUUACGAGAUAAUAACCUUGUUCACCGUGACCUUAAACCAGGCAAUAUCAUGAAGUUCAUAGAUGUCGAUGGUUCAACAAUAUACAAGUUAACUGAUUUUGGUGCUGCACGAGAACUUCAGGAUGACCAACAGUUUAUGUCCUUGUAUGGCACUGAAGAAUAUUUACAUCCUGAUAUGUAUGAGAGAGCUGUACUCAGAAAACCAGUAGGAAAAACAUUUGGUGCCAGAGUAGAUUUGUGGUCUAUAGGUGUGACACUCUACCAUGUUGCUACUGGGCAACUCCCUUUCCGCCCGUAUGGAGGCAGACGAAACAAAGAGACCAUGUACCACAUUACCACGGAAAAGGCACCAGGAGUCAUAUCAGGAGUUCAGACUUCAGAGAAUGGUCCUAUUGAAUGGUGCACUGAUCUUCCUGAAACCUGCCAGCUCAGUUUGGGUCUACGAAAGCUGGUAACUCCCUUGCUGGCAGGACUACUAGAAGUGGAUCCUCAAAGAAUGUGGAACUUUGAAAGAUUUUUUCAAGAGGUUACAAUGAUACUUGGCAGGAAAGUGGCACAUGUGUUCCUAGUCAAUAAAGUUCAGCCACUGACAAUAUACAUGGAUCCAGAGCACAGAUAUGAAGAAUUACAGUAUUUGAUCUGUGAGCAGACAGACAUGAACCCAGAUAACCAGUUGUUGCUAUAUGAUAGCAAGCACUUGAAUGACGUUGUGGCCUUAGACCAGCCUGCAUCAUCCUACCCAUCAACUUCUCCCAGGACACCAAUUGUUCUCUUCUCAAAACAAGAUGACGAUGUUACUCUUACUCUGCCAGAAUCACCAGCUGUGAAAUUUGGCAGUUUUCCGGCCUUGGUUAGUGUGGAGCAUGAUGCUGCUGUUGGGAAAUCCAUGUGUUCCGUUGGUCAUGCUGUGAAGCGCAAAAUUGACUAUUUCUCAAAAUGUGUUCACCUUAUAGAGUACAGUGUUCUUAUGUUUAUUGAAGUAAUUGUUCAAGAGCUGACAAGCCUCAAGAACCGGAUGGGUCAUGUACAAGCUCUCACAUCUGCUGUCAGUGAUCGCUUCAGUCAGCUGGUUGCUAAUCAUCGGAGAUUUCUCAUGCUCACUCAGAUGUGUGGAGACAACCAAGAAACAUUCACACAACCUCUCAGGGAACGAUUAGAGGAUUUUGUAAAUAAUAAAGUUGAUUCAGAGAAAGCUGUACGCGAGUCUCUGAAUGCUAUAGUACCUGUGGUGAGCCAGCUGUAUGAGAGAGUGGUGAGUGGAGCACAGCUGCGUCGCCAGUGGCAGCAGGUCAGGAAUGAUGCAGCAACAGUAGAGCGAGCACCGAACAAAGCUUCCACCUAUGUUAAUAAGAUGCGGGAAUCAUGGCAACAUCUCCUCAGAGACAGAGCAGCAAGAACUUUGACUUUCAACGAUGAACAGUUUCAUUUGUUAGAGAAAAUGAAGAUGAAGGAAACGGCAAAAAGUCUGGAAACUCUGCUGGCCUCAGUAACUGCUACACUGCACCACACAACUGAUAACCUGGCUGACUGGUGCAAGGUUGCCAAAGUUCAGCGUGUCCAGACUGAGAUCGAAAAGGCAGAUGUUGAGAAACACGAGGUACUUCUUGCCUCUUUCCAAGCUACUUUGGGUGAUACUGAAGACAGCUAUCACCACACACUCUCAGAACUUCUGGCAGCUAUUAAGGAUAGGAAGCUUCAAGAUGAUGCUAGACUUCAGACAGAGAUUCAGGAAUCCGGAGAUGAUAAGACGUUAAAGAAAUCAAAUGAAGCUAAGGAUAAUCAAAAGUCUAAGAAAGAAGAUAUUAAUAAGGCCAAAGUCAAAUUAUCUUUGCAAGAGAUGUGCGAGGCUCAAGAAGAAGUGAUGAAACUUCUCGAGGAAAAUGGCACAAUCAUCAAAAGAUUUCAGCGAUUAACAGCCUUGACUAAUCCAGCUGCUGAUGGACAAUGAAAUGUGACACAUGCAUAGGGGGCUGUAUUGACUGUAUGCCAUGAAUUAAGGAUGACAGUAUUUGGUGUCUUAAGAUGGGAUAAAUUGGACAAAUAGUGGAAACCUACACACUCAAAUCUGAGCCACCUGCUUUUCCAGAACUUUUCCUGAUUCAUCUGUUUUUCAACAGCUGUUUUUAACUUUACUUCGUUUUCUAAAGCUUUACAUUAUUUUGAUGAUAAUGCAGUUGACCCAUAUAUGAAAGCUUCAUUUUUAAAUCCAAGUGAAGGAUAUGCUUAAGUACAUGACUGUAUCGGAUAUUGUCGCUUUAUUAGAGGAGUAAGCAAAAAAUGUCAGUCACAAAUUUUUUAAUUAUGUGAAUCCAUGCAUAUUAAAAUAUAUUUAUAUAUUGUACAUUUUUAUUUCAAGGUUUUGGCCUUAUAUUUGAUUAAAUUCAAGUGUUCUAUAUUAAUAAAACAUAUAUUUACUCUUGAGUAAAAUUUAUGUAUGCCCAAAUCACAAGUAUAACCUAGAAAGUUAGGUUAUAAGGUUUUUAUCCCCACCGUAGCUUUCACAUGAUCAAAUAACAUUUAAUGAUAAGCUUCUAAAACAUGUUGCUGAAGCAAGUCCAAGUUUUUUUAUUCCAUAAUUAUCAAACAAAUAUUUCUGUAAGCAAUAACAUUUGUUUUGAUCUCACUUAAAACAUGUAUAUCUUUUCUUGGGGGAAAAGCCCCUUAUGGCUCCCUGAAGCUACCAUCUGCAAUGUAGAUACCAUCUACUAGGUGCCAACAAUUGCAGAGUUCUCUGGCCAACCGGGAUUAUCUUGAGAUGAUUUCGGGGCUUAGUGUCCCUGCGGCCCGGUCCUUGACCAGGCCUCCUUUUUGUUUUACACCCCCCAGGAAGCAGCCCAUUGGAGCUGUCUAACUCCCAGGUACCUAUU